UCCAAGAUGGAAGCUCAGAGGCGCGUUUCCUGAGCUCGUGUUGUUCAGCGGCAGUUUGAACUAAAACCGAGGCCGAGUGUGUUUCACACCCAGGAAAUAACUAACUCUUAUCAGCAGCACUUCACGUCCACACAAACUAACCCCGCUGAAAGCUAAAAACACACAAAAUGGCUGCUAAAAAGAAGCGGACGCCUCAAGCACAAAAUGACAGCUGGGUUGUGGUUGCUGCAGACUCUGUCAUCGACACAAAGAAACACGACAGCGACCCAGCUUUUGUGAGACUGAGGAAUCCAUCAACAGAUGCAGCAUCUCUGUACAUGUUGGGUGCCGGCGAUGCUCAGAUGUACGAGGUCAAAGCGUUCGAAGAAGAAUUCCACUCCUGGUUUGUCGGUCAGACUGUGCAGAGAGAUGGAAGACUUCUCUUUGUUACUCCAAUGGAUCCUCUUUUCCUUAUUUUACCCUAUUUGAUUAAAGCUGGAAAAGAGGGGAAGUUCCAGCCUGUGGAUCAGAUUGUUAUGGAUGAGGAAUUCCCAGUUUGUCCGAGGCUGCUGAGCUGCACACGUUCCCUGGCCUCCCUGCACCACAUUGCAGAGGAAAAAGAGGUGGGAAGCCUGAAGUUCCAUCGAUAUAGCCAAGAGAAGACAAUGAAUUGGUUAAAGAAAAAGGUGGAGAGGACAGUUGUUGCUCUCAAGAAGAAAAAUAUCUGCGUGGGUGAAGGAGUCAAAUCCACAACAUACAUCAGAGUGAAGUCAGAGUCAGGGUACCAUGAGGAGGACUACCUGCGCUACGCCCACGGCCUGAUAUCAGAGUACACCAGUGAAGACCUGAGCAAAGCCCUUCUCAAACACUUGCAGUUACCAGAGCUCACGAGCCCAAAGGAAACCGAGCCUCCUUCCAAGAAGCGGAAACUUUCAGACAAUGCGGUGGAGGCCGGAGAGGACUACACCAAAUUCAACAGUGCAGACUUUGCCCGGAAACCACCCAAGAAGAUGACGGCUGCUCAGAAAACUCUGGCUAAGGUGGACAAGACUGGCAUGAAGACCAUGUCAUCCUUCUUCAGCCCCAAAGGCAAAACAGAGAAGAAAUGAACGUUGUAUAGUUUCCGGUUUGUACGUGACACCUUUUGUAAUAAAGAAAUGAAAAGAAA